AUGUCUUUACUUCGGAAGCUCGGCUCCAAUCUGUCCCUUCAAAACAAUCUCGAACUUGCUCAGGCAACACUGCUCUUCAAUUUUGCUCUCCUCUUCGGGGGGACACGCCAUAAUGCAAUGCAUUUGCAGUACCAACGAAACCUGCUUGUCACAAUGUGCCGCCCACUCCUAGUUCCCGGUAUUCUCUUCGCGAAGAGCGCCAUCUUAUCGGACCAGCAUAUGCCGAUCGGAGAUUGGGCUGCAUGGAUCGCGACCGAGUCUUGCAAGAGGCUAGUGUACUUUGCGUGGUUGAACGAGUUCUUUCAACUGGUCUUUUUUGACCUGCCACCUCUUUUCACUGUUGACGAGAUACAUCUGAGCAUGCCGUGUAAUGACGAACUCUGGCAGUCUGCAAACCUUCAUGACUGGGAGAGGGCUAAAGAGUUACAAGGAGAAGAUCCAGCAGAAUGUCACAGCGCUGCUUCUCUGCUCAAAACAAAAGUCAUCGACCAAGAGCGUACCCGCUCAUUGAGUGACUCGGCGCUGUGGAUAUCAGUCUCCGCGGUGUAUUUUCUGGAAAGACGCGCUCUUCCACCGCAGCUGUUCUACUCUUAUCCCAGCAUGCACGGUAUCUCAACCUGCUGGAACCAACCUUGUCUGGAGGAAAUCGUUGCCCCAGACCAAACUAAAGAUCCCGUUGAUACCAUACUUGAGACUUUUCAGCAAGCUGCCACUCGACAUCGCCAAGAUUCGCCACUCUUUCUCACAAUCACGAAAUUCUCUCUCGUUCUUAGGCUACUGCGCUUCGUCAAAUACCGCUUUUUGUAUGUCUCUACGGGUUGGAUGGCACAGCAUCAAGAGGUUGACGCUGCGGCCCAACAUAUUUCACAGCUACUUAAGGCAAAGCCGAAACAGGCUCGUCAGGGUCUCUUGCACGCUGCUCAGUUGUUCCGAAUGAUCCGUUCUCAACGUCAAUUUGACCCCUACGACUCCUUCUUUCUUCUUAUGGCCGCUCUAUACAUCUGGAACUAUGAUAGAUUCAUGAUUUCGGGCGAAUCACAAUUGCCUGUGGACGGAGCCGCCGAGGAGAUUAUUCGAAUUGACCAAAAUAUGAAGAAGGAGUUACAGGAUCAAUGGAUAACAGGCACAGUGGAACCUCCGAGGCUAGCUCAUAUUAGUGGGCUUGGGGUUCUCAACGGCCAGGAUAGCCUGCCACGCAUCUUGAGGGAAUCAGUGAGAAUUCUAAGCCAUGGGAAGGCUUGGUCAACACACGCGCAUGCUUUCAAACACUCAUUGCUUCAAAUGUUGUCAGGAAGUGCUCCCUCCUUUCCUGUUGAGGUCGAGAGAUAA